AUGAUGCGCAUCAAACGCGCCUGCCGACCGGUCCUGACGCCAACAGCAACGCCCACGGCGACCCAGGCCAGGCAUCUCCAUCUGGCUCCUCCGUUUCUCCUUGACAGCUACGUGCCUCGCUAUCAAAUGCUAGGGUCCCGCGAGGCCGCACAAAAGCGAUCGAGGGCCUAUGCCCACCUACGCAAAUGCAACCUCUGUCCCCGUUUGUGUGGCGUCAACCGCUACGAGACGACAGGCAUGUGCCUCAUCGGAGACAAGGCUAAGGGACACAAUGGCAGCGGCGCCGUCUUCAUGAGCGGCUGCAAUCUCCGCUGCGUGUUUUGCCAGAACCACGACAUUGCCCACCAGCGCAACGGCAUGGACCUGACGCCGGAAGAGCUCGCCGAGUGGUACCUGAAGCUCCAAACGGUUGGCGGCGUGCAUAACAUCAACAUCGUCACCCCUGAACACGUCGCACCGCAGGUGGCCCUCAGCAUCCUCCACGCGCGCGAGCUCGGGCUCCACGUCCCCAUCGUCUACAACACCUCGAGCUUCGAUUCGCUCGCCUCGCUCGAGCUGAUGGACGGCCUGGUGGACAUUUACCUGGCCGACUUCAAGGUGUGGGAACCGAGUUCGUCGCGGCGCCUGCUCAAAGCGGACGACUACGCCGCCACCGCCCGCGAGAGCGUCAGGGCCAUGCACGCGCAGGUGGGCGACCUGUGCUUCACACCCGACGGAAUCGCCAAGCGGGGCCUCCUAGUCCGGCAUCUGGUCAUGCCCGGCAGCGAGCGCGAAGGCGCCGCCAUCAUGCGCUUCCUGGCCCAGGACGUCUCCAAGGACUGCUUCGUCAACAUUAUGGAGCAGUACACGCCGCGUGCACACGUUGGCAAGGCGAGGCGUGGUGCUGCUGCCAGGGCUGGUGGUGGCGGCGAGGCGCGGUACCAGGAAAUCAAUAGACCGGUCAAUGACGACGAGGUAGCUUCAGUGCGCCAGGCCGCCGAGGCGGCGGGGUUGUGGCGCUUCAAUGAGCCGCCCAAGCAUGAGGGCUUUGCCAUCUGA